AUGGGACGGCCGUGCGCCCAAGAUCCCUGCGUGGAGCUUGAUCACUCAGCCAAGCCGAGCCCUGCCGCAAGCAGCUCGGCUGAUGAAGUCAAACCCUGCUGGGUCGGCUGUGCGCCCAAGAUCCCUGCGUGGGUCUUGAUCGCGCAGCCCUGCCGCAAGUAUCUCAGUUGUGCGAUCCUGAGUACCCCAAGGGGAACUCACGUGUGCAGCUACGCCAGCUGUAUCUCUACCUGCCCCACAGCUGAUGUCAUCCAUGAUGUCAGGCGUGAGGCAGGGAUUAAUGCUGUCAUGACAGAGAUUGCCAGAAUUCAUAAUGAAGCACUGAAGGGUGGAGAGAGAGUAGUGCCCCCACAAUCCUUUCGUAUUAACUGCUCCCCGACUCUGGUGGAAGAGUCGCCCUCUGCCGCCCCUAGCGGCGGCCGCCCGCCACAGCCUGGAGAGCGCGCGGCAGAGCGCAGGCGGCGGAGAGGCAGAGCGCACAACGCCGCGGCUCCUGCUGCUGCUGCGCCGUCGAAGGAGCUCCGCCGGGUGGCCGGCUCCCUCCCUCCUCCGCCCCCAAGCGCCCUCCAUGGGCGGGCCCUGGCCGGCGGCUUCCCCGCCCCCCUAGACGACCCUCCCCAGCUGCCAAGCCCGGGGCCAGGGGGGCGGAGGGGUUGGGCGCCCCCAACUUUGCCUUCUAUGGAGUUGCGCCGGGCGCCUGGCCGUGGCUGGGGGCGCCUGGCCUUCCUCCUCCUCCUCCUCCUCCUGCUCCCGGCGGGGCCGGCCAGGGGCCACCCGCAGCCCUGCCACAUCCUCGCCCGCAUCGGGCACACGGUGCGCUUGGGCGCCCUACUGCCCGCCGGCGGCGCGGACAGCCGUGUGCGCAACGCCCUGGCGCGGGCCAGCCGCGCCGCCGCCCUGCCUUACAAUCUCAGCCUGGAGGUGGUGCCCGGGGCGCCCCGGCACCGGGACCCGGCCUCGCUGGCGCGCUGGCUCUGCCAGGCGCUGGUGGUGCGCGGCGUGGCCGCCGUCCUCGCCUUCCCGGCGUCCCGGCGGGAGCUCCUGCAGCUCGACGCCGCCGCCGCCUUCCUGGAGAUCCCCUUCCUCAGCGUCCGAGAGGAGGAGGAGCUGGCGACUCCCAUGCCCUUCAGGACCCGGAACCCCUUCCACUUGCACAUGGACCGGAGCAGCGAUUUUGAGACCCUCUUGGAGCUGCUGGCCAACAUCUUCCGCUUCAACCACUGGCAUGAGGUCACCCUGGUUCUCUGCCAGGUCUGGGAUGUGUCUGGCUUUGUGGACCUCUGGACCAGCCACGCUGAGCUGGAAGGAACGGCCGUGGUCGACUUGAGCUUCCUGGAUGAGCCGGAGGCCGCCCAUCUUCUUCGCCGGCACUUAGAGGAAUACCAGGAGCUCCCCGGGCCGGCCCUGCUUUUCGGUUGCGACGCGCCUCUCUCCCAGCUGAUCUUCCGGACAGCGAAGGAGCUAGGGGUGCUUCAGGAGUUCCAUUGGGUGUUAGGGGAACCUCAGAACGUGGACAAGCUCCAAACAGAAGGGCUACCCCUGGGCCUCUUGGCCUAUGGGGAAGUAGAAAGACCAUCCCUGGAGCAGUUCAUCCAUGAUGCAGUGGAGCUGGUGUCCAGGGCCAUUUCCCAGGCUGUCUACAUCCAGCCGGAGCUCACCCUCAUCCAAAGCAUGGUGAACUGUAAUGACAAGCAUGCUGUUGCCUCCAAGUCCUCAGGACGCUACCUCUCUCAGUUUUUAGCCAACACAUCCUUCCGUGGCCAAACAGGCGAGGUCUGCGUGCGCAACACAUCCCGUGUCCACACGGAGCGCCACUACAAAGUGUGGAGCCUUUUGAAGGACUCGGUGGGCCAGCCCACAUGGGUGACAGUGGGCAGCUGGAAAGGGGGCAAAAUGGAGGUGGAGGAGGGCAUGUGGCCGCAGCGCCUGCAGCGUAGGAACCAAGUGGAGGGCUUUUGCCGCAUGAAGCUGCGGGUGGUGACUUUGGUGGAGCAUCCCUUUGUCUUUACCCGGGAGGUGGACAAAGAAGGGAACUGUCCAGCGGGUCAGCUGUGCCUGGACCCCCGCACCAACGACUCGGCUGUGCUGGACGCCCUCUUUGACGAGCUCAACUCCGAGAACGGCUCGGUGCCCAUCGAGUACCGGAAGUGUUGCUACGGUUACUGCAUCGACCUCCUGGAGAAGCUGGGCAAAGACCUUACCUUUGACUUUGACCUCUAUAUCGUGGGGGACGGGAAGUAUGGGGCAUGGAAGAAUGGGCGCUGGACUGGGCUGGUGGGGGACCUCUUGAGCGGCAUGGCCCACAUGGCAGUGACGUCCUUCAGCAUCAACUCGGCCCGCAGCCAAGUAAUCGACUUCACGAGCCCUUUCUUCUCCACCAGCUUGGGCAUCCUCGUCAGGGUCCGGGACACGGCCUCGCCCAUAGGGGCCUUCAUGUGGCCUCUGCACUGGACCAUGUGGGUGGGCAUCUUUGUGGCCCUCCACAUGACGGCCCUCUUCCUCACCCUCUACGAAUGGAAGAGCCCCUAUGGGAUGACUCCGCAUGGACGCAACCACAUGAAGAUCUUCUCCUACUCCUCGGCGCUCAACCUGUGCUACGCCAUCCUCUUUGGGCGCACCGUCUCCAGCAAGACGCCGAAAUGUUGGACCGGGCGCUUCCUGAUGAACCUCUGGGCCAUCUUCUGCCUCUUGGUCCUGUCCAGCUACACGGCCAACCUGGCUGCAGUGAUGGUCGGCGAGAAAACCUUUGAGGAGCUCUCUGGGGUUCACGACCCUAAGCUGCACCAUCCGUCGCAGGGGUUUCGCUUUGGGACCGUUUGGGAGAGCAGCGCGGAGGAAUACAUCAAGAAGAGUUUCCCAGACAUGCACGAGUACAUGCGGCGCCUCAGCGUCCCCACCACGCCUGCUGGGGUCAAAAUGCUCAAGACCAACCCUCCCAAGCUGAACGCCUUCAUCAUGGACAAGUCCCUUCUGGAUUACGAAGUGUCCAUUGACUCUGACUGCAAACUGCUAACUGUCGGAAAGCCCUUCGCUAUUGAAGGCUAUGGAAUUGGCCUCCCCCAGAACUCGCCUCUGACCUCCAACAUCUCAGAAUUCAUCAGUCGCUACAAGUCAGCUGGAUUCAUGGACCUCCUGCAUGACAAAUGGUACAAGAUGGUUCCCUGUGGGAAGCGAGUCUUCGCCGUCACUGAAACUCUGCAGAUGGGGAUCUACCACUUUUCUGGCCUGUUUGUCCUCCUUUGCAUUGGGCUGUCGGGCUCGUUGCUCACCUCCGUCGGAGAACACAUCUUCUACUGCCUCGUUUUGCCCCGCAUCCGACGCAAGAAGAAGUUCAACUACUGGCUUCACACCAGCCAGAAAAUCCACUGGGCUCUGAACAUGGGUUUGGAAGAGCAGAGGAACAAAAAACUAAAUUUGGACAAAAGGUGCAACAUUCAACAGAGUCAAGAGGAACCUGAGCCGCCCCCACCUGCCAACCGGCCAGGCUGGAAUAAUCUCCGCCGGGCAACUGUGAAGAAGGAGGACAAGCGAGUCCAUUUCAACAUCGACAAUUCGCCGGAUUCGGAAGAGGAGGGCGAGGACACCGUUUGGCACUGCAUGAACGGUCAGGAUCCGCAGCAGGGCAGCAAAGAGGCCAAGGAAAAGGAGCUGAAAGAACUAGAGAGCCAAAUCGAGGCGAUGCGAGAGCAGCUGAGGGCCGCCCUGGUGCGGAAAGGGGAGCUGAUGGUGGCCCUCGGGCCCCCGCCGAAGGCCCCUCGCCUGCCGCCCACCCUCAAAGCACUGAUCAAGGAGGCCAAGGAAGACAGGUGAUGCCGAGGGAGAGGGCCUGGCGGGCCAGGGACCCCCAUGGGAUGGCUCCAAGAGGCUCUACAAGAA